AUGUCCCCUCUUUGGGGAUGGGCGCUUAUUUGGGUGGGAACCAUUUGGAUGAUCCCUGUGAAGACGGAAAAAAGGGAACCGAUCGGACAAAAUCUCAUCAUUUUACUCAUCGACGGAUAUGGAGCGGCAUUGUUGAAUCGAACGAAACCCGAGGCAUUGAUUGGAAUGCAGGCCCUCUCUGAGAAUGGUGUUCAAGCCGAAUAUCUUCGAAGUGUUUUCCCCACUCAUUCGUGGCCGAAUUGGAUGAGUCUUGUAACAGGUCUCUACACGGAAAACCAUCGUUUCACCAAGCUGAUUACAUGUAGUCCAAUGAGAAAGAUGUGGGAUUUCAAAGGGGAACAGAAGCAACCGGACGAGCAAAGGUCUCUUCGCAUCGACGAAUCUCUCAUUGUUUUGUCCGAUCAUGGUCUGGGCAACAGGUCAACGAAGAAGUUAAGCAAUAUUUUCUCGAGGAGUGUUUGGCUGACUAUUCAAAAGGUGCAACGAAUCGUGAACAGCCACGGAAAUUUGUCAUGGUAUCUUACUGAUCCUGAAGACGAGGAUACGGUAAGUGAGCUGCCAUUUACGCAUUUCACUCUUCCCUCAGAUCUUCUACGAGCUGAAAGUUUGCGAUCACCGGCCCCAACGGGUGUGAUUAUGAUGACACUGAGGCGCCUUCCAGUAUCCGUUUAUCGAGCCGCUGGAUAUCCCCUGGAAAGUCUCCGUUGGGCUGACUACGCUUCAUGUCGCCGAUCGUUCCUCAUCACCAAGCCUGGAACAACGAUUGUAUCGGUUGCAUUGAAUAUUCUCGGCAUUGAGCCUGAACGGGUGCACAAUGUAAACAUGGUCACGGGU